AAAGCCCCACGGUGACAGACAGGACUGAGGGUGGGGAAGAGAUGAGCCGCCGUGCGGGGCUGGAGGCUGGUCCUUGGCCCGGUCCGCUGGAGGCAGGCGGAGGGGAGACCCUCAGGGCGGCCUGUCCGUGUCGGGCACCCUGCCCAAAGGCCAGCUGGAGAAGGGAGGCUAAUGUGUUUUAAAGCCACUUGGCCCAAAUGAAAUUAUACAACCCAGGAAGGGACAAAUCAUGUCACUGGUGAGAGUCUUUUAAAAGAACAAGUCUCUCCUGAUGCCACCCCAGGAGGGAGGCGGAUGUGGUGAGAGCGGGGGUGUUAGGGGCUAUAAGAGGGGCGAGCUGGGCCUUCCUGGUCACCGCUCAGACCACCCCGGCACCCGUGCCAUCCUCCUCGGCACAGUGGCUGCGCCAUCCCGGGUGGCAUCCACCUCCAGCUGGGCCUCAGCGAGGAGCAGGGAUGAAGGUGUUUCCGGCCUGGUUUGUGUGCCUGCUGCUGCUGGGCCUGGCCCUGCACGGGGCUGCAAGCCGAGCCCCCCAGCUCUCCAUGGAGACCCGCACCCCUGACAUUGACCCUGCCUGGUACGCGGGCCGUGGGAUCAGGCCUGUGGGCCGCUUUGGUCGGAGGAGAGCAACCCUGCAGAACGUCCGGAAGCCGAGCCUCUGGCACCUGCUGGCCUGCUUCCCCCUGGAAGGGGGCACUGAACACUCCCGGGAUGGGUGACAGUGACUCCAAAAGCCGGCUCCCAGCACCUCCCCCACCUCCACAGGCUACUUCCCCUUCGAUACUAAUAAAUGCA